AUGAUGAUGUUUAAACUGAAGUAGUAUGCAUUAAGAUCAGCUUUAUAGUAAAACACACUUAAAAGUCCUGGGGCGCUUUUGCUUCAAAACCCCUAAAGAUUUUUUCCAAGAUAUGUUAACAAGGAAAUUAAGUUCUAAAAGGAGUCUAAGUACAGAUUCAAGGUAUCAGACCCAGAUGAUGGAGAGCUGAAGGAUGCUAAGUCAAGGAAAGACUAUGAGAUGAUAAAAGAGGGUGAGAGAAUGUAUAACAGGUUCAAUAUUGAGCAGGGAUAGGCACAAGAUGCAGAAUAUGAAAAAGAAAUUGAUAGACUGAUAGAUGAAAAGAUGUCAAAGGGGUUAGAUGAUUAGACUAUUAUAGAUCAGAUUGUCAACAAUGGAAAGAAUACCAUGACCAGAUAGGAUUACGAAAAGGACUAAGAUACCAAGAUUGAGGAGCUUAUUAAGUCACUAAAAUCUAAGGGAUAGAGACCUCUUGGACUUUCUGAUGUCACUGAAGACAAUGAUUUUAAUGAGUUUCAAUAAAAAACUGGUAAGAUGAUGUAUGACAAGGAUCAGAUAUUGCGUGAGCAAUGGAUGGAAGAUGAAAGACAGCGGAGAUUAAAAGAACGUGAGGAAAAGAAAUAGUCAAAAUUGAAAUCCUCUUAGUCUAGUUCAGCAUCUUAACUGCCUCUUGAUAGCAAAGGAAUUUUAAAAAGCUCUAAGAAGCAGAGAAGCAUUGAAGGGCCAGACCAGUUUGGUUAUGUUUAGUAAUCUGAGAAUGUAAAGGCAUUACAUCCAAAGCCAGAAGAGUAAAACCUCGGAUAAAGAAGACAAAUGGAAAAAGAUGAGGAAGACCUGGAGAAGCAUUUAAAAGAGUUUGACGAGAAAAAAAUGGAUAAGCUCUUUGAAAGACAAAAGAAAAAGAGCUAGGAAUCGCAAGCUGAUCAAAUCAUGAUUAAAAAUCUACAAAAAGAGGUCUAGAGGCAAUCAGAUUAACUAGAGGUGAAUAAUGAGUUUAAGGAAAUGGUUGAAUAAGAAGAGUAUGAGACAAAAAAGGAGUUGGGUCUGUAUGUGGAUGAUUAAGAGACUAAAAUCAUAGGCAAGCAGGCAAGGCAUAAGACUGAAGAUCUAACUAAAGAAUCAUUAGUUCUGACAAAGGAGUAAAAGAUAAUGAAGGAGUUGAACUUUGUGACUACUUCUCUGGAUUUGAACGAUCGUGAGAGAAAGCAUUGGUAUUAUAGGAUAAAAAGAGAAGUAGAAGAGGAAGAGAAAGCAUAGAAAAGAUUGGAAUAGAGAGAAGCGAGAAAGCAGUUUUUGAAGUUGCUUAAAUCGUAUUAGAUCCCAGAAGUGCUGGAAUAGGAAGAGGAAUUCGAAAAGAUUUAUGACUCUAAUGAAGACCCAAGGUAGAAGCCAACUGAAGAUGUCAAACUGCCUAAAGGCUAUAUGAAUCAUGAUGAAUAUGCUUUCUAUGGAGAGGAUGUUGACUUCAUGAGAUUUCACAAGAGAACAACGGAAAAUGUAUACAAUACUCUCUGCUCUAUAAUUGAAAGCUAAAAGUAAACCAUACAAAGAGGAGUAAAUUAAAAUUACAAGAUUACAAUCAAUCACAUUGAGCUUAACAAAGCUUGUUCAGUAGUUAACGCCUUUUGGCAAGUUCUACAUAUUAAAGAUAAAAACAUGAUGGCCCCAGAGGUUUUAAUCACUGAAAUAAAAAUGAGAAGAUAGGAAAUAGAUGAGUUUAGACAGAGAAAGUAUGAGGAGCAGAUGGCUAAGGCAAACGAAUAAGAAUAGUAGUAAGUUGAACAAGCAAUGAAAUAGAUCUCAGAUUUGGAUUGGCUUCAGCAGCUUGAUCAAGAAAAACUCAGAAUAACAGAAGCAGAACUAUAGAAGCGUUUGACUAAGGCUUCACCUUUCAUUAGAGGUAGGCUAUGCUAGAUCUUAGGUCUGAGAUACUCUCCCGAAUUACGAUUCUUUAAAGAUAAUUCUCUAGAGUAGUAUGAGUAAAUAAAGCAGUAGGCUUAUUAGUACCUUAAAGAAGUAAAUGAGCAACCCUCUGAUGAGAGAUUUGUGGACAAAUAAUUGCUGAAUAGUAUUAAAAUGAUCACUACAUUGCUGAAGAUGCCUCCUCUAGAAAGGAAACUCUAUGUCGCCUCAAUUGAGGACGACGCUCAAAGAGAACAGCUAUCGGUGAUGUUCAUGACUGAAUCACUAUAGCAGGGGCUAAAGGAGCUCCAAGAGGCAGCAAAGGAAUAAAUAUAGAAAGGCAAAGAUAGGGAAAAAGUGACAUAGGUGGCUGAGACUCGCAGAGCUAAACGUGCUGAGAAUGAACUCAAUAAGUUUAAGCAUAAGAUAGCACUGUCCAGUGGAGAGAGUUUUGACAAUUUGUCUGAAGCACCACUCACUCCCUUAGAAAUGGAGGAGAGCUUGAUAUCAGCAGCUUCUUCUAUAAAACCUAAAAAGCACGAUCUAGAAGCACAACUGAGCAAGAAUUAUACCAUCGAUCCUGAAACAGGAGAGAAAACUAGGAUACACAAAGGCAAUUCUAAGGCUUCAAAAAAUAGUAAAACAGAAAGGAAAAAGGAGAAGUCACUCAUGUUUUGGGAUAAACUGUCUAUGUGA